AUGAGUACCUCUCAAGAAAAAGCCCAAAACCAAGCUUCUCAAGCCAGAAAAGGAGAUUGUCAAAUUGCUAUCAUUGGAGAUGAAGAUAGUGUUACUGGAUUUCUUCUUGCUGGUAUUGGAUCUAUUGAUAGAAUGAAACGUACAAACUUUCUUAUUGUUGACAAUAAAACACAACACGAUAAAAUUGCUCAAACGUUCAAUGAGUAUGUUAAUAGAACUGAUAUUGCUAUUGUUUUAAUAACACAAAAUGUAGCAGAUUCAAUGAGAGACAUUCUUGAUGGAUAUGAUAGAUAUUUACCAGUCAUUAUGGAAAUUCCUUGUAAAGACCAUCCAUACAAUCCAGAUACUGACUCAGUCAUGGUGAGAUUAAAGAGAAUGACUGGAAGAGAUUGA